AUGGUUGGCGUACCUCGAAGUCGCGGCUGCUUGCUGUGCGUCCGGCGCCGCGUGCGCUGCGACGAGGGCCACCCGGGCUGCGCCAAGUGCGCUACGUACGGCGUCGACUGCCCGGGCUACGAUCGGUCGCUCAAGUUUGUGUCGGGCAAGCACCAGGUGCGGAGGAGGGGACAGAGCGGCAGGGAGCGUGCGGCGGCUGCAACCGAGCGCAGCGACAGCACAGCUUCAUCGGCCUCUGUGUCGCCGCACUCUGAAGGUGGCAACUCCGGCCAGAGUAGCGGCAAAGGCCAUGGCAAGGGCUACGCCAUGGGCUACCGCCAUGGCCAAAGCGGUAUUGUCGUGCCUAUGGUUGUCGAUCUGAUGACCUCUGCGUAUGCCAACGGCGAGGAAUUCUUGUCGGCCGCGACCACGAUCCCGCCGCGUCUUCGCGACGACCGCGCCGCCUACGUCAACACGAUCCUCGAGAUGGUCGACAUGGACCGCCCUCCCAAGGAGGCGCUCUUUUACGGCUCGUGGUUUCGCAGCGUGCCCGCACGGCUCGGCCGGAAAGUCACGCUCGACAGCGCUGUGUGCGCGCUGGCGAUGCAUCUGCUGGGCAAGUCGCGCGGCAACGAGGUGAUGGUUGUGCAGAGCCGGCAUCUGUACGGCCAGUCGCUGGAGGCGUUGCAGGCGGCGCUCAACCACCCCGUCGAGUGGCGCUCGUCCGAGACACUGUGCACGACCAUGGUCAUGUGCCUGUUUGAGCUCUUUGCCGAUACGUCGGGCAACUCCAGUGGCUGGCUGCAGCAUUCGAGCGCGGUAUCGAGUCUGAUGCAGCACCGCGGCACGGACGGGUUCGUCGAGGCGUGGGACCGUGCGAUGCUCUUUUCGUUCCGGUCCAUCAUCAUCAUGAACGCGCUGUUUACGGGGCGCGACUGUUUUCUGGCCGAGAAAAAGUGGCAGCGCCUGCUCAAAAGCAAAUUCGAGGGCGUCGAUUUACCGCUCAAGGACCUCCUGCCCGCAGACGCUGUGGCCGUCAUCGACCGCCAUGUGGCCCAUCUUGCGCGUCUGCCCAGAAUUAUGCGCAACCUCUGGGUGAUCCGCGAGACGCGCCAACACGGUCUGCCCGUCGACCAGGCUCAGGUGGUGAUGCUGCGGCGCGACGCGGCCAGCCUGCACGCAACGUUCCGCGCCUGGUAUUCGGAGGCGUCUCAAUUUCUCGGGGACUCUGUGUACACCGAGGUCCCAUCCAACAUGCCUGCCGACGCACCAGCCUCGCCCUACGCAACGGUGCUCGAGUACCCCAAUCCAUGGAUCUCCAGCAUCUACCUGAGCUAUGUGACGUCCAUGCUGAUUAUCCAGGAGAGCCUCAACCAGUGCGCAGGCGCUCGAUAUGAGAUGACUGUGGCGCAGGCUCGGGCCCAGGCCCAGGCCCAGACCCAGACCCAGCCCGACACGGAGGCGAGUGUUGCACGUACGACGACGACGACGACGACGGCUGGUGGCACAGCCAUGAGCUCACCGACUGAGGCACCUACCGUGUCACCCACCACUAGCAGCAGCGUCAACGUGCACAGUGAUACUGGCUCCCUAUUUGUGCCUUCGGCCUCCCCUCUGUCGCCAGGUGGGACCGACGGCGACCUGUCCUAUUCGCCCAAGCAGCUCUUGCCCUCUUCCACCGACCCCUGCGACGCCCUGCGGCUGCAGGACAUUGACGCACCCGUAUCGGCCGCGCGGCCUUUUGAAGCGUGCAACCGUCGCCUGUGCCGCAUCAUCUUCCGCUCGUUUGAGAAGCUUGGUGCUGGCCUCAUGGGGCAGUACCGCAUUGGCUUCGCCAUGCGUGUGGCCUACGAGUUUGCCGAUGUACCGACACAGCUGUGGAUCCGCGCGCUUCUAGAUCGCUCUGUCAAGACGUUUGCGUCCUCGCGGUCCGACACCUAUCCAUUGCCCAAGCCCAACGAGUUCAACUACAACUGA